UCAAGUGCCACACCCCAGCUCACCUUCUGCUUCUCACUCCAGAAGCCUCCCUUCAGCCCGUCUGAGGUGAGGUCAGGCCUGGUCUGGUGUGACAGAGCCUCGCUGUGUGGUCCGGCCUGACCUCUUUAAUCGCACUGACCCCACAUCCAGAGAGCUAGGAUUCCAGUGUGCUGCCCCACACCUGCACCAGACCAGUGGUCUAACCCUCACCGGGGGUACCUCGCCCCUAGCCCUCGGCCCCGUGAGAUCUGGCCCUGUUCUCUCCCUCCUGGCCUCCACGCCCGGUCUCCUGCCCAAGGACAGGGCUACUCCAGGUCCCCAUUAACUCUCCUCCUAUACCUUACAAUAGUUGGAAGAGAAAAUCAGGGGUCAGAACGCCCCUUCCUUGGCCUGAUCUGGUCCUUGUUAAAGGGAAAGCCAUGAUUAUGUGCAGAAGAUCCUGGGUAAGGCUUGCAGGCCUGUACUCCCAGCACUUGGGAAGCUGAGGCAGGAGGAUGGAAAGCUCCGGCUAGCCAGGGCUUCACAGCAAGACUUCCAGAAAUGAGCUGUGGGAUGGUGGACGGCCAAACGGCUCAAGGACAGCCCCCUGGAUGCUGAGAGUGACAGGUGAAGAGGUCCAGGCCUCCUGAGGGCCACACAAAAGACCCCGUCCUUAGGCCCAGGACAGUGGAUUGCGAUGACGUCACGCGUUGCUCCCAGGGUUCUUCGGUCACUUGAUCUAUGUCCACGACCUAGAGAGGCCCCGUAGGGACUCAACACCAUCCCAGCUGUCUCCCUGUCCCGCCUCCCCUGCCGCCCGCCCAGUUGGCCGGUCCCCACGCCCACACACCCAGGGCUGCCUCAGCUGGUACCGAUUAUCCUGCUGCUGCUGCUGCUGCUGCUGCUUCCAGCACUCCCCCUGCACAAUGCUGCCUGCAGCCCUUGCCUCCCUUCUGGGGCCAUUCCUUGUGGCCUGGGUGCUGCCUCCUGCCGGGGCCCAGACGCCCAACUACACCAGGCCUGUGUUCCUGUGUGGAGGUGACGUGACCGGGGAGUCGGGUUACGUGGGAAGUGAGGGUUUCCCUAACCUCUACCCCCCAAAUAAGAAGUGCAUCUGGACAAUAACGGUGCCUGAGGGCCAGACUGUGUCCCUGUCCUUCCGGGUCUUCGAUAUGGAGCUCCACCCUUCCUGCCGCUAUGAUGCUCUGGAGGUCUUUGCUGGCUCUGGGACCUCAGGCCAGAGACUUGGCCGCUUCUGCGGCACCUUCAGGCCUGCACCUGUAGUCGCCCCCGGCAACCAGGUGACUUUAAGGAUGACCACGGACGAGGGCACCGGGGGCCGAGGCUUCCUGCUCUGGUACAGCGGUCGGGCCACGUCAGGCGCCGAGCACCAGUUUUGCGGGGGGCGGAUGGAGAAGGCACAGGGAACCCUGACCACGCCCAACUGGCCUGAGUCGGAUUACCCCCCGGGCAUCAGCUGCUCCUGGCACAUCAUUGCACCCUCAAACCAGGUGGUCACGCUCACCUUCGGGAAGUUUGACGUGGAGCCGGACACGUACUGCCGCUACGACUCCGUCAGUGUGUUCAACGGGGCUGUGAGCGACGACGCCAAGAGGCUGGGGAAAUUUUGCGGAGACAAGGCCCCCAGCCCCAUCAUCUCCGAAGGGAAUGAGCUCCUGGUCCAGUUUGUAUCGGAUCUCAGUGUCACUGCAGACGGCUUCUCAGCCACCUAUAGAACCCUGCCACGGGACGCCGUGGGGAAGGAGCCAGCCCCCAGCCCAGGGGAGGAUGGCCAGGGUGCUCCUCACGGCGGGACUGCCAAGUUGCCUAACACAGGAACUUGGCCAAAAGUCAAAGCACCCACCAAACUGAAACCCCAACCUGCAGAGAAACCAGAGGCCUCUCCUGAGACCCAGGCAGCGCCAGAGGCCCCGGACGGCCCCAGCAUCACCUGCCCGAAGCAGUACAAGCGGUCAGGCACCCUGCAGAGCAACUUCUGUGCCAGCAGUCUGGUGGUGACUGGAACCGUGAAAAGCAUGGUCCGAGGCCCGGGGGAGGGCCUCACUGUCACCGUCACUCUCCUGGGUGUCUACAAAUCUGGAGGCCUGGACCUGCCCUCUCCACCCAGUGACACCCCCCUGAAGCUCCAUGUGCCCUGCAGGCAGAUGCCCCCCAUGAAGAAAGGAGCCAGUUACCUGCUGAUGGGCCAGGUGGAAGGACACAGAGGCCCCACUCUUCCUCCAGAGAGCUUCGUGGUUCCCUACAGGCCCAACCAGGAUCAGAUCCUCAGCAACCUAAGCAGGAGAAAGUGCCCCGCCCAGCCCAGGCCAGCCGCCUGAGGCCAAGCCAGACCCAGCCUCGGAGGCGCCCUCACCCAAAUAAAUGUUUCUCAACUCGG